CCCGUGGCCCUACCACGCGUCCAUUCUUGCUGGGGCCCAGGGUCCGAGGGGGGCUCCGGGGUGAGGGGAUGCUCAGGCUGAGGAGAGCCAGGAAGGGGCCAGGCAGGGAAGGGCCAGGCCUGUCCCGAAAUAGGACAGCAGGAUCUCCGGCCCAUAAAAGGACCCUGGGACCUGGGCCCCAGGGACCCCAGGCAGCCAGGCCCAGAUAAACGCGGCCGCCUCUGCCCCGCGCUCUGCCCACAGCAGCUCUGGUGACCCUGCGCAGUGUCCUCUCGGCCGGCCGCAGACAUGACCGAGCGCCUGACCCCCGAGCAGAUCAAGGAGUACAAGGGGGUCUUUGAGAUGUUCGACGAGGAGGGCAACGGGCAGGUGAAGACGGCCGAGCUGGAGCGGCUCAUGAGCCUGCUGGGCAUCAACCCCACCAAGAGCGAGCUGGCUUCCAUGGCCAAGGACGUGGACCGAGACAACAAAGGCUUCUUCAACUGCGACGGGUUCCUGGCGCUGAUGGGCAUCUACUGGGAGAAGGCCCAGAACCAGGAGGGGGAGCUGCGGGCCGCCUUCCAGAUCUUCGACAAGGAGGGCAAGGGCUACAUCGACUGGGACACGCUCAAGUAUGUGCUCACGAAUGCGGGCGAGCCCCUCAAUGAGGUGGAGGCGGAGCAGAUGAUGAAGGAGGCCGACAAGAACGGGGACGGGACCAUCGACUACGAGGAGUUCGUGGACAUGAUGACCGGAGAGUCCUUCAAGCUGGUCCAGUAGGAGCCGCUGCUAGGCCUUGGGAGGCCUGCCCGACCAGGAGCCGCUACCCUCCCAGCCCCACCCACCUACCACGCCCUGCCCCACCCAAUCCCAUCCACCCACCUGCCCUGCUCACCCACCUGCCCCACCCACCCCAGAAAAGUAGCCAAUAAACGCGGCCCGCAA